CGUCACAUCACUAGUGGAUCAUGCUUUUCCCUUUGUCAACAGGACUCCGUUCUUCUUAUAUGGAUUACGGGUUUAUCUGGAUUUCAUCUUGAUGUUCGUGACGUUCUUCGUAGAUCAUCUCAGUGACUUUCAUAACAGCAAGUUGCUGAAAAAUGAACAAGGCAGGUCUGAUAAGAGAAUGCAACACAUGGAUACGGAUGGAUGCGUUUUGCACAUGCUUGAAGGACUCCGUUCUUCUUACAUGGAUUACUGAUUUAUCUGGAUUUCAUCUUCAACAUUUGACCCGAUCCUGGACUGUGACGUUCUUCAUAGAUCAUCUGACUUUCAGAACAGUUUACAAAAAAAGAUCUGCAUCCAAACAAACUGAUCAACUAAAAUCAGUAAUGAUGGAGUUUGUGAAAGAGGAGAGUGAGAUCAUGAGUGAUCCAGAAGCCUCCAGAAUUAAACAUGAAGAUACUGAGGAACUAAUAGACCUGAUGGAAGUGAAGGAGGAAAGUCAAGAGCUGGAAAUACUUUCACAGACUGAAAACAAGUUCAUGCAGAAAAACACUGACAGAACAGAAGCCAAAAAGUCUUUCACCUGCAGUCAGUGUGGAAAGAGUUUCAUACGUACAGGACACCUUGAAGAACACAUGAGAAUCCACACUGGAGAGAAGCCGUACACAUGUGAUCAGUGUGGAAAGAGAUUCAGAUAUAAAAGACACUUUAAAGAGCACAUGAGAAUCCACACUGGAGUAAAGCCUUACACAUGUGAUAAGUGUGGAAAGAGUUUUGCAUAUAAAAAUAACUUUAAGACACACAAAAGAAUUCAUACUGGAGUAAAGCCUUACACAUGUGAUCAGUGUGGAAAGAGUUUUGCAUAUAAAAAGAACUUUAAGACGCAUAUAAUAAUUCAUACUGGAGUAAAGCCUUACACGUGUGAUCAGUGUGGAAAGAGUUUCACAAGUAAAGCAAUCCUUAAGAAACACAUAAUAAUUCACGCUGAAAAGAAGCCGUACACAUGUGAUCAGUGUGGAAGGAGUUUUGCACAAAAAGGAGCACUCGAUGGACACAUGAGAAUCCACACUGGAGAGAAGCCGUUCACAUGUGAUCUGUGUGGAAGGAGCUUUACACAAAAAGUAGUGCUCGAUGGACACAUGAGAAUCCACACUGGAGAGAAGCCACACACAUGUGAUCAGUGUGGAAAGAGUUUCACAUGGUCAAAAUGUCUCCGUGAUCAUCUGUUCUCUCACACUGGAGAAAGACCAUUUAACUGUGAUCAGUGUGGUAAAUAUUUUAAAGUAGAAUUAGCCCUGAAGAAACACCUGAAAGUUCAUACAAAGGAGAAGCCAUAUGUGUGUUCUGAUUGUGGAAAGAAUUUUGCAAUGCAGAGCGGUUUGAAACAGCACCAGAAUACACACACCGGUAUGAAAAACCAUGUGUGCUUUCAGUGUGAAAAGACUUUUACCACAGCUGGUAGAUUGAAAGAGCACCAGAGAAUUCACACUGGAGAAAAACCUUACAAGUGUUCACACUGUGACAAGAGAUUCACUCUUUCAUCUCACCUGAAAAGACAUGAGAAGAUCCACACUGGAGAGAAACCGUACCACUGCCCUCCAUGUGGGAAGAGUUUCAUCCAAUCAAGUCAUCUACAGACUCAUAUGAAAAAGCUUCAUCCACAGUUCUCAGGACUCAAAGCCUCGGUGGUGAACGUCACAUCACUAGUGGAUCAUGCUUUUCCCUUUGUCAACAGGACUCCGUUCUUCUUAUAUGGAUUACGGGUUUAUCUGGAUUUCAUCUUGAUGUUCGUGACGUUCUUCGUAGAUCAUCUCAGUGACUUUCAUAACAGAACGUUUUGCCCGGACGAAAAUGGGACCUGUUGCGAACGUCCAAAAUGUUCAGGGAACGUCCUGCAGCGAAUGUUGAUGACCAAAAUGACCAAAUGCCGACCUGUGAAUGUUGGCGUACAUCCGGGGGACGUCCCCGUUUGCCGGAUAACAGUCAACAAGAAAAGAUCUGCAUCCAAACAAACCGAACAACUAAAAUCAGUAACGAUGGAGUUUGUGAAAGAGGAGAAUGAGAUCAUGAGUGAUCCAGAAGUCUCCAGAAUUAAACAUGAAGAUACUGAGGAACUAAUAGACCUGAUGGAAGUGAAGGAGGAAAGUCAAGAGCUGGAAAUACUUUCACAGACUGAAAACAAGUUCAUGCAGAAAAAUACUGACAGAGCAGAAGCCAAAAACUCUUUCACCUGCAGUCAGUGUGGAAAGAGUUUCAUACGUACAGGACACCUUGAGGUUCACAUGAGAGUUCAUAGUGGAGAGAAACCGUACACAUGUAAUCAGUGUGGAAAGAGAUUCAGAUGUAAAAGACACCUUAAGGAACACAUGAGAAUCCACACUGGAGAGAAACCGUACACAUGUGAUCAGUGUGGAAAGAGUUUUGCACAUAAAAACAACUUUAAGACGCACAAAAGGAUUCAUACUGGAGUAAAGCCUUACACAUGUGAUAAGUGUGGAAAAAGUUUUGCAGAUAAAAACAACUUUAAGACGCACAUAAGAAUUCAUACUGGAGUAAAGCCUUACAUGUGUGAUCAGUGUGGAAAGAGUUUCACAUGUAAAGCAAUCCUUAAGAAACACAUAAUAAUUCACGCUGAAAAGAAGCCAUACACAUGUGAUCAGUGUGGAAAUAGUUUUGCACAAAAACAAUCCCUUACGAUUCACAUGAGAAUGCACACUGGAGAGAAGCCGCACACAUGUGAACAGUGUGGAAAGAGUUUCACACAAAAACAAUCCCUUACGAUUCACAAGAGAGUUCACACUGGAGAGAAACCGUACACUUGCCAUCAGUGUGGAAAGAGUUUUGCACAAAAAGGAGCACUCGAUGGACACAUGAGAGUUCACACUGGAGAGAAGCCACACACAUGUGAUCUGUGUGGAAAGAGAUUCAGAUGUCGAAAAAGUCUUAAAAAUCACAUGAGAAUCCACACUGGAGAGAAGCCGCACACGUGUGAUCAGUGUGGGAAGAGUUUUGUUCUGUCAAAAUAUCUCCGUGAUCAUCUGCUCUCUCACACUAGGAGAAAGACCAUUUAACUGUGAUCAGUGUGGUAAAAAUUUUAUUCUGGAAUCAGCCCUGAAGAAACACCUGAAAGUUCAUACAAAGGAAAAGCCAUAUGUGUGUUCUGAUUGUGGAAAGGGUUUUGCAAUGCGGGACGGUUUGAAACAGCACCAGAAAACACACACCGGUGUGAAAAACCAUGUAUGCUUUCAGUGUGAAAAGACUUUUACCACAGCUGGUAGUUUGAAAGAGCACCAGAGAAUUCACACUGGAGAAAAACCUUACAAGUGUUCACACUGUGACAAGAGAUUCACUCUUUCAUCUCACCUGAAAAGACAUGAGAAGAUCCACACUGGAGAGAAACCGUACCACUGCCCUCCAUGUGGGAAGAGUUUCAUCCAAUCAAGUCAUCUACAGACUCAUAUGAAAAAGCUUCAUCCACAGUUCUCAGGGUGAACACUUGUUCAUCGUGUGGAUUUAAAUCAGGUUUUUGUUCUUGCCAAUAUUUCUACUGUAUGAAUUGUUCACAAAAAUUCGAUUAAGCUGGGACGUGUAAUUUAAUGUGUUGUGUUGUUUCAUUUAUUCCUUUAAUGUGUUGUAUAGAGUGUGCUGCUGAUUCUGCAUGAAAUUAUGAGAAAUGAAAUAUUCUUCAAAAUCUAGUUUUAACUUCUUCAGAUCUUUUUCAGUGCAGUUAAUUUGUUAAAAUGUUGUAUAAUGUUUGUAUUAUGUCUAUAAUGAGUAGACUCAAAGGUACACUAAUUAAAAUGAUCAACAUUAAAAGCAGUUUUAGUUCUUUUGGAUGUUGCAUUUGCAUGUGUGGGGUUAAAGACAAUAUGUGAAGAAAUAAAAUUCCACAUUUUUGUAAAGAAAACGCUGUCAUCACAAAAUAGUUCAGAUGAGUACAUGCUGUCACUUUAUUUUAAGAGGUAAAUAUUCAUGAUUUAAAUGUGUUGUAGUUUAGUUAUUAACAGUAUGGGGAAUAUCGUUUGCUAUAAAGGCCUGUUAGAUUUGUUUCGUGUGGGAUAAAUAAGUCUUGAUGAUGUUUCAGUUAGUGUCUGUUCAUCACCAGCAGGUGUCGCUGUUUACACACGUUUUAAUUUAUCAUUCACGACAAUAAAUGAAUACAAGCGUCCUGCUGACUGUAUACCGCCUAUUUGUGUUGAUAUGACUCUUUGUUAGAAAAUAAUUUGGCCAUUUUCCUUAAAAUAAAAACAUUGAAUUUAGAAAUAAAAUAAUAUAAUAUUUUGUUUAAGGCCACCAUCAAACUACCAAUUAGCUUCUGAUAGGAGGUGUACUGAAUUGGAGGUGUACCUGUCGAUGUAUUUUAAAGCCUACCUUUAAACUCAGUGCCUCUUUGCUUGCCAUCAUGGGAAAAUCAAUAGAAAUCAGCCAAGAUUAAAGAAAAAAAUUGUGGACCUCCACAAGUCUGUUUCAUCCUUGGGAGCAAUUUCCAAAUGCCUGAAAGUACCACGUUCAUCUGUAAAAACAAUAGUACGCAAGUAUAAACACCAUGGGACCACACAGCCAUCAUACGACUCGAGAAGUAGAUGCAUUCAGUCUCCUAGAGAUGAACGUAGUUUGGUGCAAAAAGUGCAAAUCAAUCCCAGAACAACAGCAAAGGUCCUUGUGAAGAUGCUGGAGGAAACAGGUAGACAAGUAUCUAUAUCCACAGUAAAACGAGUCCUGUAUUGACAUAACCUGAAAGGCUGCUCAGCAAGGAAGAAGCCACUGCUCCAAAACUGCCAUAAAAAAGCCAGACUACAGUUUGCAAGUGCACAUGGGGACAAAGAUCUUACAUUUUGCAGAAAUGUCCUCUGGUCUGAUGAAACAAAAAUUGAACUGUUUGGCUAUAAUGACCAUUGUUAUGUUAGGAGGAAAAAGAGUGAGGCUUGCAAGCCAAAGAACACCAUCCCAACCAUGAAGCAUGGGGGUGGCAGCAUCAUGUUGUGGGGGUGAUUUGCUGCAGGAGGGACUGGUGCACUUCACAAAAUAGAUGGCAUCAUGAAGAAGGAAAAUUAUGUGGAUAUAUUGAAGCAACAUCUCAAGACAUCAGCCAUGUUAAAGCUCGGUCGCAAAUGGGUCUUCCAAAUGGACAAUGACCCCAAGCAUACCUCCAAAGUUGUGGCAAAAUGGCUUAAGCACAACAAAGUCAAGGUAUUGGAGUGGCCAUCACAAAACUCUGACCUCAAUCUGAUAGAAAAUUUGUGGGCAGAACUGAAAAUGUGUGUGCGAGCAAGGAGGCCUACAAACCUGACUCAGUUACACCAGUUCUGUCUGGAGGAAUGGGCCAACAUUUCAGAAACUUUUUGUGAUUUUCACAGUAAGUUUGAUCCAAGUCUUUAAACAAUUUAAAGGCAAUGCUACCAAAUACUAACAAAGUGUAUGUAAACUUCUGACCCACUGGGAAUGUGAUGAAAGAAAUAAAAGCUGAAAUAAAUCAUUCUCUCUACUAUUAUUCUGACAUUUCACAUUCUUAAAAUAAAGUAGUGAUCCUAACUGACGUAAGACAGGGAAUGUUUUUUAUGAUUAAAUGUCAGGAAUUGUGAAAAACUGAGUUUAAUUGUAUUUGGCUAAGGUGUAUGUAAACUUCUGACUUCAACUUAUGCCCGGACUCAAACACUGUAUUUCUCACAGCAAUCAUUUAUGUUCAUAUAAUUUCCACAGAAUAAAGUCAGUUCUCUUCUAA